AUGGAUUUACAGAAUGAGAGGAGGUCUCCAGAGCACUUAGCCAGUGAAGAUGGGGCCCAGUUCCAUAUCCAUCAGGCAGAUGGGAUCAGAAUCUGUGACCACUUCCUCCUAGGAAACUGUCCUGAAGGAGCUGGCUGCCCACUCCACCACACUCGCUAUCCCUACCACUGGCAGUUAAGGCGGAGCGACAACAAAGCCUGGCAGAGUUUGAGUGACUCAGCUCAGUGGCACCUGGAAAAUCUUUACUGCAAUGUUAACAAAAGUCAUGCUCAUUUUUUGGACAACAAUAAUUCUUCUGGGAAACUUGCCCUGACUUCCUUGGAAGUGAUAACCUCUGAGACCUAUGACAAAGCGAGGCGUCUUUCCAACACCUGCGAUCCACAGCAGAACCCCCAUUUCCCCACACAGUGGGCAGUGUUUUGGAAAAAUGGUGAUAAAUGGAUAAAAUACGAGGAGCCCAUCUUCAGUGAUCUCCUCUCUGUCUUUGAGGAGGACAAGGAAUUGCACAACUUCGAGCUCCGGGGCAAGCACUACAGCAUGGAUUUGAAGAGGUUUGUGCAACAUAACAUGGAACGGGGAUACGUUCGCUACAUCCAGCGCCGGCCUUCCUACCGAUCACUCCUCAGUAUGAUGCCAUACCUGCAGAUGAUCCCAAGUAAAGCCAGUAUACCCUCCUGUCCUACUCAUGACAUCCCUGGGGAAGAUCCCAUGGAUGGUUACUAUGGUCCAUACCCUGCUGCUUGGAUUCCACAGCCAACUGUUGAUCAAGCUUUCCUGCAAAUGGAGGUGACACCAUCAGAAGCUGCAUACCGCUCUACUUGUGUUCUCUUCCACCAGUCUCUUCCAGAGGAUGAGGUCCUGGUGCUGGCAAUUUACAGGAUCGGGAACGACGAUCUCUGGCAAAGAUAUACCAACCGGAAAAAAUUCAUGACUUGGGGAAGAACAAAGCUUGAGAAACAACACCAGGAGAAGCACCUCUUCUUUGGAACCUCAGCCAGAAAUGUGGAGCCCAUUUGCAAGACAAACUUCAGCCAGUUCCUCCCAGAACAGCACAGCCCUAUUUUUGGCCAGGGCAUUUAUUUCUCAUUAAGAGCAGAUUAUUCAAACAGAUACUCCCGUGCAAAGAAAGGUGGGAUGCGCUACAUGUCCCUGGCCAAGGUUUUGGUGGGCAAGACUGUGGCUGGGAGAGCACAUUACCGCCGGCCCCCAGAACAGGAGCCUGGUGGGCAACUCUAUGACUCUUGUGUCAAUAGUGUGACCAAGCCCCAGGUGUACGUGGCCUUUGACAACUUCCAGUGCUACCCCUACUUUCUUAUCCACUACAAGCUCCUCUCUGACCCUGUGGUGCUGUACAGCUGA